AUGGAGCUCGAGCCCAACAAGACCGGGUUUCAGACCCUGGCCGAACCACAUCCGACCCAGCUGGUUCCAGGCGGCCGCGUGGGCAAGGCCGUGACGGUCGAUGACCUGCGCCGCGCCGUGCCCGACUACUGCUUCACCCCGUCGCUGUUCUGGUCCUUCUUCUAUCUCGUCCGGGACCUCGCCUACUCCGGCAUCCUCCUGAUGGGGCUGUACCGAAUGCUAAACACCAUCGUGGUGCAGGAAUCCCCGGUGCUCUACUACCUGACGGUGAUCGGGUCCGGGUUCGAUCAGGGCUUUGUCUGGACGGGGCUGUGGGUGAUUGCCCACGCGUGUGGCCACAGCAGCUUCUCCCGCUCGGCGGUGCUGAACGACAGCAUUGGCUUUUCGACCCAUCGCCGUCACCACAUCUAUGCCAACCACAUCGACAAGGACCUCAACUCUGUGCCGCCCCAGCGCCAGUCGUACGCUGAGAAGAUCGGGCAGGCCGCCGAGGUGCUUGAGGAGAUCGGACAGGAUGCACCGUGGGUGCUAUUCCUCCGCAUCGUGCUGCAACCAACCAUCGGGUGGAACUGGUAUAUCCUGACCAACAUUACAUGUCCCCCCACAGCGGUGGUGAAGCCGGGGAUGUCGAUGUGGCGCCACGACUUGGGCUGUUUGGCCACCAUCGCGGGGCUCUAUCAUCUCUACACCUGGUUUGGCUCGUUUGAGACGCUGUUCUGGGUGUAUAUCAUGCCCUGGACGUGGGUGAACCACUGGAUCGUGAUGAUCACGUAUCUCCAUCAUACGCACCCCGCCGUGCCCCAGUACACGUCCGAGUCGUGGACCUUCCUCCGAGGGGCGACCGCGACCAUCGACCACCACUUUGGCCUCAUUGGCACCCACUUCUUCCACCGCAUCUCGUCCGACCAUGUCACCCACCACCUGUUCUCGCGGAUCUCGCACUACUACGCCCGAACAGCGAGCCAGGUCAUCAUUCCUUUGCUGGGGAGGCACUAUCACGGACGCGGGGACUUUAACUACCAGGCUCUGGAGACGGCAUUCGCGCGAUGCCAGUGGGUGGAGGAAGAUGGCGACAAGGACGUGGCUUUUGGCUUGCGGAGGGGCGAUGCGGUGAGCGAGACGGAUGAGAAGCACCGAGGGCUGUGGUACCGCAGUGGCCGUAGCCCUAUGCCCGAGUGCAAGAUGCUAGGGUCAGGGUUGCGGUCGGGGCUCGAUCGCACGAAGAAGGAGCGUGGUGGGAGUCAGCAGUUGUAGUGGGAUGAAGAGGAAUGAAAGACUGGAAGAAUCCAUCGUAGUUGCUGCAUUCCCUGCCCUCUGCCUCUUUCCCGGGUCUCCCAUCCUCACUGUUUUCCUAGCGUCCCACCCUGUCAUCAUCUCAGAUCUCCAGCCUCUCACGAAGUAUCUCAAUCAGCCUUCUAGCAACCCAUCUUCCAGUCCGACCAACGAUUUUUUUUACUUGAGAAUGGGGUACGUCCAUCCCAUGCCCAUUCACCGAUGCUGGGCUCAUCCGCUCAGGUACACGCACUACUUCCACGUCCGGGACGAGAACAGCCCCGAGUG